AAUGUUGUGAUCACUGGACGUAAUGCAGAGAAUGUGUCCAAAGUAUCGAAACAGUGUUCAGAUGUGUCACCAAAACGUCUCAAACCUCUGGAAGUCGUGGCAGACGUUACCAAAGAGGAAGAUCUCCACAGAACUCUCGACACAACUAUCAAAACUUUCGGCAAAUUAGAUAUUCUCGUCAAUAACGCCGGCUUUGGAAAUCUGUCCCUGGUCAGCCUAUUGUAUGUCAAAGUCAGCCCUGAAUAUGUUCACCGUAUGGCCGCAGAGUUGGGUCCCAAACAUAUUCGGGUCAAUUCAGUCAAUCCCGGUGUUGUUCGCACAGAAUUUUUUAAAGAUUUAAGCUUAGCUGAUGAACAAUUUAUGGCAAUGUUAUACAGUAUUGUCACAAAAUACCCGGUUGGCCGGUGUGGUCAAAGUAUGGACAUUGCUAAUGCAGUGGCCUAUUUAGCAAGUGAUCAGGCUAGCUUUAUAACAGGCUUAAUUCUGUUGGCCGAUGGUGGACAUAUAGCCGCUAAUGUAGCCCUAAUCACGGGCUCGAGUUCAGGCAUCGGUGCGGCCACUGCUGUACUUCUGGCCAAAAGUGGAGCCAAUGUUGUGAUCACUGGACGUAAUGCCGAGAAUGUGUCCAAAGUAUCGAAACAGUGUUCAGAUGUGUCACCAAAACAUCUCAAACCUCUGGAAGUCGUGGCAGACGUUACCAAAGAGGAAGAUCUCCACAGACUUCUGGACACAACUAUCAAGACUUUCGGCAAAUUAGAUAUUCUCGUCAAUAACGCCGGCUUUGCUAUUAGGGCUGAAAUAACUGAUUCAGAUUUUAUUCAAAAGUAUAAAUCAGUUUUAGAAACAAAUGUGGAUUCUGUGGUAUAUUUGACUCAUAUAUCAGUCAAGCAUUUAGAGAAAACCAAAGGAAAUAUUAUUAAUAUCUCGAGUAUUGCUGGCAUUCAAGCUGGGCACAGUAUGUCACCCUAUUGUAUGUCAAAGACAGCGCUGGAUAUGUUCACCAAAUGUAUGGCCGCAGAGUUGGGUCCCAAACAUAUUCGGGUCAAUUCAGUCAAGUUAUAUCACAAAUUAGUUUUGUAA